GUUGGUUGCACCACUACAACCACAACUUCGCACCAUAGCUUUUAUCAUGGCCUCUCUACCGACUUUCGUAGAGACCGUUCGCAAAGAAUUUCAGCCAUCCUUCUGGUGGCCUGUGCAGUUUUGCGUCUACACGACCCUCACGUCCUACAUUUUGUCAAUCAUAACCGGAAAUGUUUCUCAAGUCGACCGCGUCUGGACGUUCUUGCCUACGAUCUACACAGCAUAUUUCGCACUGUUACCGUUUUGGCCGAAGAAUGCCCUACUACCACUGUUCCCCUAUACCCCAGAAGAAACAUACUCUGAAGCUGCUCAAAGCUAUAGUCUCAGAGCUCUCCUGAUGCUCGCGCUUGUGGUAAUCUGGAUGUUUAGGUUGUCCUAUAACACUUGGCGCCGUGGACUAUUCAAUUUGAACGACGAGGAUUAUAGGUGGGCUAUCUUACGACAGAGGGUCCCGCCAUGGUUCUUCCAGGUCGUUAAUUUCACUUUCAUUGCGGUCAUCCAGAAUAUCAUUCUCUUUUCAUUGGGUCUUCCUACACAUAUUGCUGCCUUCCAACAACCUUCCAAGCUCAGCACGUCCGAUUAUAUUCUAGCGACGCUAGCUCUCGUUGACCUCACAUGCGAGUUCAUCGCCGACAAUCAGCAGUAUUCAUUCCAGACAUACAAAAAGACGGGCGUACUCGACAAAAACGAAUGGCCAGCUGCCAGGAUUGCUUGGACGCCGGAGGAUGCGAAAAGAGGUUUCGUCACCAGAGGUCUUUGGGCAUGGUCAAGACAUCCAAACUUCUUCUGCGAGCAGACGUUCUGGGCUAUCAUCACGCUAUUCCCACUCUUGGCUCCAGAAUCCCCGAAUUUGCCAGCACACCCUCUCUCUUCACCAACCGCUAUCUGGCCUCUUACGCCUGCGCUUGUGCUCUGUACACUUUUCUUCUCAUCUACUCUGUUCUCCGAGUCAAUUUCGCUCUCGAAGUAUCCCGAGGGAUAUAGCGCGUAUCAACAACGAGUCGCUAUGUUUGUUCCCUUCUUGACUCCCGUCUGGGGUGUCUUGUUGAAGUUGCAAGGCAAGCAGGGGAAAGUUGACGCGCUAUUAUUCAAGCAUGGGAAUGAUACAAAGGCUUUAGAGAACAAGAAGUCACAAUAAUGUCGAUCGCGAUUUGGCAUCUCUUGUUAUGUGUUUUUCGCUGGGCGUUCGUGGACGUUACCUUCUUGUGUCUCGUUUCGAGUUUGGCAUGUUGUUUUGAUGUGGUGUUUCCCUAGCUUCGACGUGCGCAAGCCCUAGUGGACUAUACCUGAUGUGUCUGGUUUUCCAACCAAUAGAUACCAUGUACUGUUCGUGUGAACCAGCCUUCCAGUUGGACUUUUCUUUCACGACAUAGAUAUUCGGCAUAUAUUCUCCUCUUGUAUGAGCCUAGUGUCUCGGUAGAGUCGGCAGCCUUGCACUUGCGGUUUGUGUUC